AAAACUAAUAAAAUUAAAAGCGAAAAUAACCGAACAUUCACGUACAUCUAAAAUUGUGAGGAAUUAAUAAAAAAAAAAAAACCAAAUUCAAAUAGCUUUUUCCCUCUAACGGCUACAUUUCUCUCUCUCUUCUUCUUUGUCUCUCUGCUCCAUCUCUCUCGCUUCCUUGACCAAACCCUAACUCUCCCUUCGACUUCACUCGGAUUCGGUGCUUCCAUUGAAGAUGAAGCACUUCAUGCAUCCAAGAAACACUAUCUUGAGAGAAACUCUUGAUCCACCUCUUUCAUCUUCACCAAACCCUAAAUCCAAGUCAUUGAGAAAGCAGAAAUGCUCUAAGGAAAAUGCUCCCCCGCCGGAUCUGAACUCCCAGCCGUCGCCGGCCAUAAAGAUGAAGAGUCCGCUUCCGCCACGCCCGCCUUCCUCUAACCCACUCAAGCGCAAGCUCAAUUUGGAAAGCCUAGCUGAGAAAGCACUCGCAGAAAAUGCCGCUCCUGGAGUUUCAGAUUCGGGUGUUAAGGUGAUAGUACGGAUGCGACCACUGAACAAAGAAGAGGAAGAUGGGGAGAUUAUAGUUCAGAAACUUUCAAAUGAUGCUGUGACUAUUAAUGGGCAGGACUUCACGUUCGAUGCAGUUGCUGACACAGAUGCAACUCAGCUUGAUAUAUUCCAGCUUGUAGGGGCCCCUCUCGUUGAAAACUGCCUGGCUGGAUUUAAUAGCUCUGUCUUUGCCUAUGGACAGACGGGGAGUGGAAAGACUUACACUAUGUGGGGUCCAGCCAACGCCUUGUUGGAAGAAAACCUAUCAAGUGAUCAACAGGGCUUAACCCCCCGAGUUUUUGAGCAACUUUUUGCUCGCAUAAAUGAGGAACAAGUUAAGCAUGCUGGAAAACAGCUCAAAUAUCAAUGUCGAUGUUCUUUUCUUGAGAUCUACAAUGAACAAAUCACAGAUUUGUUGGAUCCCAAUCAAAAGAACCUGCAGAUAAGAGAAGAUGUAAGGUCAGGUGUGUAUGUUGAAAAUUUAAUAGAAGAGUAUGUAAGUACAAUGAAGGAUGUGACCCGGCUCUUGACAAAGGGGUUGUCAAACAGGAGAACAGGAUCAACUACCAUAAAUGCAGAGAGUUCUCGUUCACAUUGUGUUUUUACUUGUAUUGUUGAAUCCCGAUGUAAGAGCAUGGCAGAUGGUUUUAGCAGCUUUAAAACAAGCCGAAUAAAUCUGGUUGAUCUAGCUGGAUCAGAACGGCAAAAACUAACUGGUGCCGCAGGUGAACGCCUGAAGGAAGCAGGGAAUAUUAAUCGCUCACUCUCACAGCUUGGUAACUUGAUAAAGAUUCUCGCUGAAGUUUCACAAACGGGAAAGCAGAGGCAUAUCCCGUAUAGAGACUCUAGGUUGACAUUUUUAUUGCAGGAAUCUCUUGGUGGCAAUGCAAAAUUGGCUAUGGUCUGUGCUAUUUCUCCUGCAGAACGCUGCAAGAGUGAAACAUUUAGCACGCUAAGAUUUGCACAGCGUGCAAAGGCAAUCAAGAAUAAGGCUAUUGUCAAUGAAGUGAUGCAGGAUGAUGUGAAUUUUUUGCGUGAAGUUAUACGACAGCUGAGGGAUGAGCUCUAUCGAAUGAAGGCAAAUAACAAUGCAGCCAAUCCAGAUGGAGGUUACUCAACUGGGUGGAAUGCCCGUAGAAGUCUGAGUUUAUUAAAACUUAGCCUCAAUCAUCCAAGUACACUAUCACAGCUUGAUGAAGAUGGUGAUGAGGAGAUGGAAAUAGAUGAGGAUGCUGUUGAGAAGCUCUGUGUUCAAGUAGGUCUUCAAUCAGCUGGAAUAGAUCAGAACACAAACGAUAUGUGCAAAGUAGAGACUACUGAAUCAGAUACUGAUGUGAACAUGGAGGAAGAAACAUCUGAACAACCUAAGAACUCUGAGAUCAUGAUCAUUGAUCAUGCAGAACAUGAAAUAGAAAACCCAAAUGUGCUUGCUAAUAAUCCCAAACCUGAAAAUGUCAACGAAAACCCAGUUUGCCAAAUUGUUGAAAAUUUUGAUGGUGGUUCCUCUGGACAGCACUCUGAGGAGAAGGAAACUUUCACUCCAGCUGUCAGUGAAUUGGUAAUGGAAGAAUCACCAUGCAAAAAUAUUGGAAAUGGAUCACCACACCCUAUCCUGGAUCCACUUUGUGAAGUGUCUGAACAUAACUCCACUGCAAAUGCAUGCAAUAAUUCUGAGAACACCUCUGACGUGUCCCCCAUUCUUAAAUCUCCAACACCAAGCAUCUCACCAAGAAUCAACCAGAGCAGGAAAAGUCUGAGAACAUCAUCAAUGUUAACUGCUUCGCAGAAAGGUCUUAAGGAUGAGAAGUUAUGCCCAGAGACCAUGUGCAACUCUCUCGUAAAUUCCAAAAAAUGCAUUUCUUCUAAUACUUUCUCAACCAGAAAGAGUACUAGUUUUGUGGCACCAACUGAAGAUUUGGCAGCUAGCCUCCAUCGUGGUCUUGAGAUUAUUGAUAGUCACCGCCAAAGCUCAGCAUUGAGGCGGUCAUUAUUCCGGUUCUCAUUAAAACCUGCUGAUUCAAAGCCAAGCUUUGCAGUUUGUAAAGUUGAUGCUGGUGUGCAGACUUUUCCUCAAGAUGAUGAGGUACUAGAAGCAGAGCCAGUAAUAUUUUUAUGUAAAAACUGCAAAAAGAGGACCCUAGAAGGCGAAGAGGAUGACAGCAGCCCAAACAUGCUAAUGGCUGUGGAGAAGGUUCUGGCAGGAUCUAUCAGGAGAGAAAUGGCACUAGAAGAGUUUUGUGCUAAGCAGGCUUCUGAAAUAACCCAGUUGAACCGCUUGGUGCAGCAGUACAAACAUGAGAGGGAGUGCAAUGCCAUAAUAGCACAGACAAGGGAAGAUAAAAUUCUUCGCCUAGAGAGCCUUAUGGAUGGUGUUUUGCCUACUGAGGAAUUCAUGGAGGAAGAGCUGACCUCUCUCACACAUGAGCAUAAGCUUCUGAAGGAGAAAUAUGAGAACCAUCCUGAAAUUUUAAGAACAAAGAUCGAGUUGAAAAGAGUUCAAGAUGAACUGGAACGCUUGCGAAAUUUUUAUGAGUUGGGUGAGAGGGAAGUUUUUUUGGAAGAAAUUCAGGAUCUAAGAAGUCAACUGCAGUACUAUGUAGACUCUUCAUCAACAUCAACUCGAAGACGAAAUCCUCUGCUGCAGUUGAUGUAUUCAUGUGAGCCCAAUCUAGCUCCACCUCUUACUGUAAUCCCGGAGACAACCGAGGGGAGUGCUGAAGAGAAACUUGAACUGGAAAGAAGUCGCUGGACUGAGGCAGAGGGCAAAUGGAUUUCUCUAGCAGAGGAAUUAAGAGCUGAACUUGAAGCUAGCAGGUCUCUAGCUGAAAGGAUGAAGCAUGAACUAGAUACAGAAAAGAAAUGUGCAGAGGAGUUGAAGGAAGCAAUGCAAAUGGCUAUGGUGGGAUAUGCACGAAUGCUUGAACAGUAUGCAGAUCUUGAGGAGAAACAUAUUGAACUGCUUGCAAGGCAUAGAAAGAUUCAAGAAGGAAUUGAUGAUGUUAAAAGAGCAGCUGCUAGAGCAGGCAUCAGGGGUGCUGAAUCAAGGUUCAUAAAUGCUCUUGCUGCAGAAAUUUCUGCACUAAAGGUGGAAAGAGAAAAGGAGAGGCGCUACCUCAGGGAUGAAAAUAAAGGACUUCAGGCUCAAUUGAGAGACACAGCUGAAGCAGUACAGGCUGCAGGCGAGUUGCUUGUCCGGCUAAAAGAAGCAGAAGAAGCUGUACAGACUGCUGAGAAGCGAGCCAGCAAAGCAGAGAAGGAAACUGAGAAGGCUUACAACCAGAUUGAUAAAUUAAAGAAAAGACAUCAAAGUGAGAUUAACACUCUUAAUGAGCUCCUUGCAGAGUCUCGGCUGCCAAAAGAAGCAAUACAACCUGCUUCAAAUGAUUUUGACAUGGCCAAAUAUGAUGUAGAUGAACCCCUCAAUUCCAAUGAUCAGCAAUGGAGAAAAGAGUUUGAGCCAUUCUAUAAUGGUGAUGAUGGUGAGUUAUCAAAACUUGCAGAACCCUCUUCUUGGUUCUCUGGUUAUGAUCGUUGUAACAUAUAGGGAAGUUUAGCAGCAGAAUAGUGUAUGUAUUACUUUCUUCUUACACGAGCAACGCCCAUUUGUUUAAGAAUACAUCUGUGAUACAUAAAUAACAUUGCUAUCUAUACUGCUUCUCUACCCGCCAAAUUGUGUAGAAAGUUUGAAGAUUGAUGUAAUUUUUGUAUGUGAAUUGGAAGUUUGUUGUGUUCCGGUAUAAUGGAUAUGGUAACAAUAAUGUUGUGAAGCUUAG